AUGCCUAUCGCGGAAUACACGCUUGACGCAGGAUUCGACGAAGCUAGAAUACGCAUAUUGGAACCUCCUAUUAGUAUUAGUAUCGUCCCAGAGGCCCACAAAUCCGUCCGCGCACAGCGUGAGACAGCACGAAAAGGCUCGCCACUCAAGUCACCGCUGCUGCCGCUGGCCCGUGACUGCGACUCUGCUGUGGCACCAGCAGCACCUGCUAAUCAACGAAAGAGACGUCUCGGAAACGAGGAUAGUCUCCUAGCUCAACAUGCACAUGACGUACACGUACUUGAAGUUGAACGCCCAACGAAAAAGGUCAAAAUCAAAAGGGACGCGCAUGAUGAUGAACCCGUCCGUAUAUCCGAUGUCGAUGAACCAAUUUUAGUCGCGUCGCCGUCUGCACCGCAGAAGCACUCCAAGUCAGAUAUCCUUGCGGAGGAAUCAGGCGGUGUGCCUGUACUUGAAUCUGGAGCAAAACACGUCUAUUUCCAUCACCCAAAGCUUGCUCGCCGGCAGGCUGAGGCUGUAGCCAAAUCUAAACACGCGUUUAAAAAGUGUAUCGUUCGCACAGAGAACACCAGCACCACGCAGCCCAAAAAAGCAGGCGCAAGAUCCACACAGUAA